AGCCCGGGAGCUCCGCCGCCGCCGCCGCCGCCGCCGCCGCCGCCGCCAGGGGACAGGGAGCCGGGAGUCGGGCCGCAGUCAUGCUGAGCCGGCUCGGGGCGCUGCUACAGGAGGCCGUGGGGGCGCGGGAGCCAAGCAUAGACCUGCUGGAGGCCUUCGUGGAGCACUGGAAGGGCAUCACAAACUACUACAUCGAAAGCACAGAUGAAAACACCCCAGCGAAGAAGACAGAUAUUCCCUGGCGGCUGAAGCAGAUGCUGGACAUCCUAGUCUACGAGGAGCGGCAGCAGGCAGCCGGCGAGGCGGGGCCGUGUCUGGAGUACCUGCUGCAGCACAAGAUCCUGGAGACCCUGUGCACGCUGGGCAAGGCCGAGUACCCACCAGGCAUGCGGCAGCAGGUGCUCCAAUUUUUCAGCAAGGUUCUGGCCCAGGUGCAGCAUCCCCUCCUGCAUUACCUCAACGUCCACAGACCUGUGCAGAAACUUCUCCGACUUGGUGGGACAGUUCCUGGAUCCCUCACAGAAAAGGAGGAGGUGCAGUUCACCACUGUCCUCUGCUCCAAGAUCCAGCAGGAUCCAGCCCUGCUCACCUACAUCCUGGAAGGUAAAAAGACUGUCAGUAGGAAGAAGGCAUCCAGAGAAGCCACUGUCCUGCCGAAAGAGGCGGCGAGCAGCAGGGACAAGGACCACCCCCACAACAAGGCUCUCGACAGGGGUCCCUGUGGGGCCCGGGCCUUGAACACCCAGCUGCCUGCUGAGAUGGAUGAGCCAGGCGGAGGGAUUGGGGAGAGCAACUUGAUCACCUCCCUGAUUGGCUUGUGCAAGAGCAAGAAAGGGCGGGUGGCCCUGAAGGCCCAGGAGAACCUGCUGCUCCUAGUGAGUGUGGCUUCCCAGGCAGCUGCCACCUUCCUGGUGCAGAGCAGCCCUUGUUGCCCUGCCAUCGUCGAGCACCUCUGCCAGCUGUACCAGUCGCUGCCCACCUUCCUGGACCCUGCAGACAUUGCUGCUUUAGAGGGCAUCAGCUGGAGGUUACCCAGUGCCCCAUCUGAUGAGGCUUCCUUCCCUGGCAAGGAGGCCUUGGCUGCAUUUUUGGGCUGGUUCGAUUACUGUGACCACCUCAUCAGAGAGGCACACACGGUGGUUUCAGAUGCCUUGGCAAAGGCUGUGGCUGAGAAGUUAUUUGUGGAGAUUCUGCAGCCCCAGCUCCUACACGUGUCUGAACAGAGUGUCCUGACCUCCACCGCCCUGUUCACGGCCAUGCUGCACCAGCUCUGCUCCCCUGCACUGCUGCGAGAGGCCGUGGCCUUCCUCCUGGGCAAGGACCAGCAGCCUGCAGCCCCCGAGGACAGCCCCCACACCCUGUGCGCCCACCUCAUCAAGCACUGUGACCACCUCUCAGAUGAGAUCAGCAUCGCCACGCUGCGGCUGUUUGAGGAGCUGCUCCAGAAGCCCCACGAGCAAAUCAUCCACAGCCUGGUCCUGUGCCACCUCGAGGGCCGCCCUUAUGUGGCUCGGGGCUCGCCCGAGCCGGAGAGCUACGAGGACACCCUAGAUCUGGAGGAAGACCCCUACUUCACAGACGGCUUCCUCGACUCGGGCUUUCAACGCUCCACAAAGCCUCCCCCUGCCCCUGCCGCCAACCCCGAUGGCAAAACAGCAGUGACCGAGAUCGUCAACAGUUUCCUCUGCCUCGUUCCUGAGGAAGCCAAGACCUCGGCUUUCCUGGAGGAGACUGGAUAUGACACAUACGUCCACGAUGCUUACGGACUGUUCCAGGAGUGCAGCUCCCGAGUGGCACCCUGGGGCUGGCCACUGGGUCCCCCACCACUGGACCCCCAUGAGCCCGAACGGCCUUUCUUCGAGGGUCACUUCCUCCGAAUGCUGUUUGACCGCAUGUCCCGGAUUUUAGAACAGCCGUACAGCCUGAACCUGCAAGUGACCUCGGUCCUGUCGCGGCUCGCCCUCUUCCCCCACCCCCUUAUCCAUGAGUACCUCCUGGAUCCCUACAUCAACCUGGCCCCCGGCUGCAGGAGCCUGUUCUCUGUGCUCGUCAGGGUGAUUGGGGACUUGAUGCAGAGAAUUCAGAGGGUGCCCCAGUUCCCAGGCAAGCUGCUCCUGGUGCGCAGGCAGCUGAUGGGCCAGGUCCCCGGGGAGCAGCUGGACCACCAGACCCUCCUCCAGGGUGUGGUAGUCCUUGAGGAGUUCUGCAAGGAGCUGGCUGCCAUUGCCUUUGUCAAGUUCCCCCACGUGGUCCUCACCCGCACCUCGCCGAACCCCCAGAAGGGCACGCCUGAGCCAGGAAUGACGGGAAGGGAGACUCCUGUCUGGACCUCCGCCCAAGAGCUGCCUCCUGCCUGGCACUGCCACCACUACUCUCCUUCUGGGGUGGGGAGCUUGGCUCCAGCUCCUGGACAUCGCAGAGACCCCUGCCCUGUGUGGAGGCCUGGGCUUCCACUUCCAGGUUGACCUUGGCCCGUUGGCCACACCAGACUGGAUUUCAAGGAAUGGGUCCCCGAGGUACCAGAAGCCAAGGAGCAAAAGAAAUGGCUUCCUGGACAGCAUGGUGUCCUCAGGGCCUUCUCUGGGGAGCUGGGUGAUGGCGGUGAGCCCCCAGACUCAGACCCUCAUGCGUUCUGUGCCUAUCACCUGUCACCUUCUGUGGCCAGAGCUAAGACCUGAGACUCAAUUCCAGGGGUACUGGUGGGAGGGAGCUGAUAGCUCCCAGGCUGGUCAGGACCACAGGCCGGAGAGAGGAGGGUGUGGCCCUGUCUCUGUCACACUCGUGUAAUAGACACUGCAGAGACUUGACUUUUUUUCCUCCUGCCUUCUUGGCUUCAUCCCUGCGGAAGGGGCAGUGGUCAGCAGGGGAAGCCCCUGUUCCCGCACAGCCCUCCUGGAAACUGUUGCAAAAUUCCCACCCGCCUCGUGGCAAAUGCCCAAAGCAUGCUCCGCGCCCAAGCGGGGGCAGCUGCUAAUGAGACGCUUGAUGCAACUGCAGCCAGGGCGGGAGAGGGCCUGGGGAGCUGGGGGGAUGGGUGCCAGGCUCCAGCCCCAGCUGGUUUCUCUCUGGCGCCUUCUGAACCCGUCUCGGCAGGUCUACAACACCUGGGCAGAGGGGCUCAGAGCCCAGGGGAGGCCAGGCCUCUCCCUCAGCAUUCUGCCUGUGUUCUCAAGGGAUUGCUCUCCCAGGGGUGCUGGACGCUCUGGGUCCAGAUGAGGCCUGGAUGCCCACCUGACAGCUGGCCCCCAAGUCCUGGCGGGAGGGGGUGGGGCACAGGCAGCUAGUCGCGGUGCUGUUCUCCCUGCAUGCCCUCUGCGGCUGGGGCUGCCACCCCACCCGGCCUGAAUCUGUCUCGACCUGCAGGAACACACAGGCGGCGCCAGGCAUUACCUCAGAGCAAACUGCAGUUGCUGGCUCCGCUCCUGGGCAAGGAGGAGCAGGCCAGAGCCCCUUUCGCUUCCUUUUCCUGCCCAUGCCGCUUCUAGAAGCUGGCCGCAGGUUGCCAAGAGGUGACAUGAAAGAGGAGCAAACUCAUUGACCUCUACCUCUCCUGCAUUCCUCCAAGCUGGGGAGGAUCUAAGUGCUGCUCCAGAGGGCGGCGUGCAGGUGCCUCCACGCCUGCGCGCUCGGGGGCCUUGCUGUGGGACAACGGAGCAGAGCUCAGCAGUGAACUGGGCCUGGACUUUUCGAUUCAGAAAAUGUUGGAGCAUCUGGGAGUCACAGGCACUCCCUCCUCGAUGCCCUGGGGUGGUCUCCCCGUGGUCCCCCAAGACAAUAGCGAAAUAAACGGGGUGUUUGCGUGGA